AUGUCAGCCAGUCUACUCUCCGCAUCCCGAUCCGUUCCUCCGGGAAGAUCGGGGCCGGAUGCCGGCUAUGUCGAUGCUGACACCCUCCGAACAACUUUCGCCCUCGCCAUGUCGGCCAUGUACAAAGCCGAAGUCCCUCUGUACGGCGAUCUCAUCCAAAUCGUGCAAAAAGUCAAUCAGGAUGCUCAGGAAAAGAAAGCCCAGGGCCUCGAGGGCUCUGCGACCAUGGAUGCCAGCAUCGAGCGUCUAAGUCUCGAGAGACACGGCGCAAUCCGCCUCGGCACCCCGAAAGAACUGCACACCAUCCGCCGCAUCUUCGGUCUCAUGGGAAUGAGCGCCGUCGGCUACUAUGAUCUCUCGGUUGCCGGACUUCCGAUGCACGCGACCUGCUUCCGCCCGACCUCGACCGAGUCUCUCGAGCGCAACCCCUUCCGCGUGUUUACGACACUCCUCCGUCCAGAGCUCCUCAAGUCCGGAACGGCACGGGCUGUGGCCUUGGACCUGCUGAGCAGACGCAACAUCUUCAGCAAUGCUCUUGUUGACCUCCUCGAUCGCGCCGAGCACUCCCAAGACGGCCGUCUGACUCCAGAACAAGGUGAGCGUUUCGUCGUCGAGGCGCUCCGGACAUUCAGCUGGCAGCCUCUGGCUGCAGCCACAAACGAAGAAUAUGCCCUGCUUCGUGAGGAGCAUCCGAUCUUGGCCGAUAUCGCGUGUUUCCGUUCAUCUCACAUCAAUCACCUCACACCUCGAGCCCUGGACAUCACCGCAGCCCAAGCAGCCAUGCUAGCGGCGGGAAUGGCAGUCAAAAGUCGUAUUGAGGGCCCACCGCCGAGGAAAUGUCCAGUCCUGCUGCGCCAAACAAGCUUCCUCGCUCUUCAAGAGGGCAUCCGCUUUGCGGUAUCCGGAAGAGACGAAUUUGUCGACGGAUUCCACAAAGCCAGGUUCGGAGAGAUUGAGGAGAGAGGAGCGGCGGUGACACCAGCUGGUAGGAAGCUAUAUGACAAUCUCCUCGACGAGACCAUGUCCACCGCAAAAUCGAGCGGCAGAGCAUCUGAUCCGGCUGCCAUGGAUGAGAUUCUCAAGACAACGUUUGAGCAAUACCCAGAUGACUGGGACAGCCUUCGUCGUCGUGGCUUGGUAUACUCUGAAUACCGAUGCAGGGAUGACGCAAUAUCAAAACUCGGCAGGAUCUCUGGUCUGGAAAUCACUGAGGGCAACUCUCUUCUCGAUCGUCUUGUUUCCGAAGGUGUGCUAGAGGCCCUUCCCAUCACCUACGAAGACUUCUUGCCCUUUUCUGCGGCAGGGAUUUUCCAGUCCAACCUGCAGUCAGGGAACUCGAGCAACUCAGCAAUGCAGAAGGAAGAGGCGCCCAAACCAGACUUGGAGGGGUAUGAGAAGGCUCUUCAAUGUUCUGUCUUGGACGCGAACGAUCUGUACGCACAAGCGGAGCGAAAGAGUCUGGAGAGGUGCGCGGAGGAGCUUGGAUUGAGUUCGAAAGAUAUUGCUCGGUUCUUGUAA